AUGAUUCCCAGAGAUAACAUCAAUAAUCAACUUCAGCAUAAUAAUUCUCUCUUUCCAAUUUCAAGUAAUAAUAAUACUAACACCUUCAAUGCCAACAAUACACAGUCAACAACACCUAAUUUAAACUUACAGCAACAACACCUUUCUAUUAGUCAACAAAACACUGUUACUAUACCAAGUCACCAAUUUUCACAACCUACAAGUCAUUUAGCCGAGAACUAUCUCCAUAAUACCUAUUCCAAUGUUUCCUUUUCCACUUCAUUAUCUGCUUCCCCAAAUAUACAUCAACAACAAAUUCCAACACAUAACAAUUUACAGUACAUUCAAGAAAAGUUACUCAAAGAGCUUUCUCCAGAGCAAUUAUUUCAAUUAUACAUGGUUUUGGAAAAGUUACCAAUACCUUCUUCACAUCAUCAACAACCCUCUGUACAGCUGAACAUCAACAAUGAGUCAACACAUGUGGUGGUCAACCCACUAAAGCAAACAAUUUCGAUUGGACACAAAUCCUCUAUUGAAGAUGAUUUUUCUCAUGAAAGUGUAUCGCAGCUCUUACAAAAUGCUUUACAUAAUCAACAGCAACAACAUGAAAGUAGUGCAGGUAGUAAUGUUCUAUUCUCAGCUACACACGCUUCCACCAGUUUAAACCUUUCGAAUAAUUUAAAUGCUCUCACAUCUCAUCAAGAAGCAUUCCCUUCCAUGAAUCAACAACAUGCAUCCAACGCAAUUGAUUUGGUUUCGUCCCACCAUGUGAACCAAUCCUCUACAGUUAUUUCAAAACAUCAAUCCAGGGCAUCUUCAUCGAGUUCAAAACGAGAGGAAAUUCCAAUCCCUGUAUUAUCAGGAGGCGUUAAGAAGAGCUCGAAACAUGAAAGGCAUAGACCAUCUCCAGAAUCAGCAUUGACAUGCAACUUUUCUAUGCAUACUUUGGAAUCGUUUAAAACUGAACAAUUGAGAAUACAAAGUUUGCCAAAGAGACCUAGAGGUAGACCUAGAAAACCUGGAUCAAUUCCAAGAGGAAGAAAGAAACCUGUGCCUACAACAGAUGAAAAGAAGCAACAAGAUGAUUCAACUUCAUCAGAUAACGAAUCAGCGUCGUGCAGUGAUGCCAGUAGCGAGCAAUCCACAAACACUGCCAAACCAAACCAUUAA